AUGGCGAUCAGCUGGUUGCAUGCUGAACGUGUGGCUCCUGGCGCGAAUAUUGCAUCUGUAUCGCCUCGACACUCGUCUGAUACAUCAUCGGUCGAUGGGCGUGACACCCGGGCGAUCCGAUAUAACCCUGAUACUGACCAAUGGAUAUCUGAUGUCGCUCCCUGUCCCACUGGCCGUUACUCGUUCGGUGUGGCUGCUCUUGACGACCAUCUUUAUGUAGUGGGCGGCUUCGAGAAUCGCAGUGGUCCAGGUCUUGACCUUGUUGAGUGUUAUGACGUUCAACGAAAUGAAUGGACCUCGGUGGCACCUAUGAGUUCAUGUCGAGCCAGCCUUUCUGUUUCCGUGUUAGAUGGUUGCCUCUAUGCAGUUGGAGGGUUCAAUGAAAGCGCUCUGAAUGCUGUAGAGAGGUGA